UUACCGGGUUCCGCCGGCUAGAUCUCGACGUUCACCGCCGAUGACAGAAGGAAUCAGAGCAAGAGGUCCCAGAUCAUCCUCUGUUAAAUCCCUUCCUCUGAUUCUUGACAUUGAAGACUUCAAGGGUGACUUUUCAUUUGAUGCAUUAUUUGGGAACCUGGUGAACGACCUCUUGCCGUCUUUCCUAGAAGAAGAAGCAGAUUCCGGUGAUGGCCAUGGCAACAUUGCUGGAAUCGAUGGUUUGUCAAAUGGGCAUUUACGUAGUCAACCUGAUGCAAGCAGGUUGUCUCAAAUGUCUUCUGCUCCUUUUUUCCCCGAAGUAGAUGGUCUCUUGUCUCUGUUCAAAGAUGCUUGCAAGGAGUUGGUUGAUCUGCGGAAGCAGGUUGACGGAAGGCUCAACACACUAAAGAAGGAAGUUUCAACCCAAGAUGCCAAACACCGGAAGACACUUACUGAGAUAGAGAAAGGUGUGGACGGUCUGUUUGAGAGCUUUGCAAGGCUGGACGGUCGUAUAUCAAGUGUUGGACAGACCGCUGCAAAAAUUGGAGAUCAUUUGCAGAGUGCAGAUGCUCAGCGGGAAACUGCUAGCCAGACGAUAGAGCUUAUAAAGUACCUGAUGGAGUUCAACGGCAGCCCAGGGGAUCUUAUGGAGCUUUCCGCUUUGUUUUCAGAUGAUAGCCGCGUAGCUGAAGCUGCUUCUAUCGCUCAGAAAUUACGAUCCUUUGCUGAGGAAGACAUUGGAAGGCAAACUGCGGGUACAGCUGCAGGAAAUGCAACUCCUGGCCGAGGACUGGAAGUUGCAGUUGCUAAUCUUCAGGAUUACUGUAAUGAAUUGGAGAACAGGCUAUUAUCUCGUUUUGACGCUGCAUCACAGCGGCGAGAUUUAUCCACCAUGUCAGAAUGCGCUAAGAUUUUGUCACAGUUUAAUAGGGGUACAAGUGCUAUGCAACAUUAUGUGGCAACACGUCCAAUGUUUAUUGAUGUGGAAGUCAUGAAUUCAGACAUUAGGUUGGUGCUUGGUGACCACGGUUCUCAGCCUAGUCCUAGCAAUGUUGCCCGUGGACUUUCUUCUUUAUACAAAGAAAUUACAGACACUGUACGCAAAGAAGCGGCGACCAUUACAGCUGUUUUCCCCGCUCCAAAUGAAGUUAUGGCGAUCUUAGUUCAGAGAGUUCUGGAGCAGCGUGUCACAGGUAUUCUUGACAAAAUUUUGGUGAAGCCCUCUCUUAUGAGUCCACCACCUGUGCAAGAAGGCGGACUAUUACUAUACCUUAGAAUGUUAGCGGUUGCAUAUGAAAGAACCCAAGAACUUGCCAAAGACCUCCGAGCUGUUGGAUGCGGUGACCUGGAUGUUGAAGAUCUGACAGAGUCCUUGUUUUCCUCGCACAAGGAUGAAUACCCAGAGCACGAGCAGGCUUCCUUAAAACAACUAUAUCAAGCAAAGGUGGAAGAAUUACGUGCUGAGAGUCAGCAAGGCUCGGAGUCAUCUGGGACGAUAGGACGCUCGAGGGGUGCUUCAGUAUCAUCUUCUCAGCAGCAAAUAUCAGUCACUGUUGUGACGGAGUUUGUUCGAUGGAAUGAAGAAGCAAUAUCCAGAUGCACACUGUUUUCACCUCAGCCAGCCACACUUGCCGCCUAUGUUAAAGCCAUAUUUACUUGCCUGCUAGACCAGGUGAGCAUAUACAUAACUGAGGGACUUGAACGGGCAAGGGAUGGCCUGUCUGAAGCUGCAGUAUUGAGGGAAAGAUUUGUUUUGGGCACAAGCGUUAGCAGAAGAGUGGCUGCUGCAGCUGCUUCUGCUGCAGAAGCUGCUGCUGCUGCUGGUGAAAGUAGCUUUAAAUCCUUCAUGGUUGCUGUGCAACGUUGUGGUAGCAGUGUUGCUAUAUAUUUUGCAAAUUCUAUAUCUCGGCUUCUCUUACCAGUGGAUGGUGCACAUGCUGCUUCAUGUGAAGAAAUGUCAACUGCCCUGUCCAAAGCAGAGGCAGCUGCUUAUAAAGGACUCCAGCAGUGCAUUGAAACCGUGAUGGCUGAGGUUGAAAGACUUCUUUCAUCUGAGCAGAAGGCUAUUGAUUAUAAGUUACCUGAUGAUGCAAUUGCUCAUGAUCACCGCCCAACAAAUGCCUGCAUAAGGUUAGACAAACUACUACUAACUCACUGGCAGAAGUUCACUUUCAAUCCCAGUGGAGGACUGCAACUGAAGCGUGACAUAAACGUGUAUGGAGAUCUUGUUAAGAGCUUCAGUACGCCAUCUGUCGAUGAGAAAUUUGAUCUAAUGGGCAUUAUAGCGAACGUGUUCAUCGUUGCUCCAGAAAGUCUGUCAAGUCUGUCGACUUUGUUCGAGGGUAGUCCAAGCAUUCGCGCAGACGCUCAAAGGUUUAUUCAACUGCGGGAGGAUUAUAAGAGUGCAAAGCUCGCAACAAGACUCAGCUCCUUGUGGCCAAGCUUGAGC